AUGGCCACUGUCAUCUGUUUGGCCAUGUUGAUGUGCAACUUCCUUGCUGCAGGGCCUACGAUUGCUAUCGUGUCGACCGCUAUGGAUUUCUUUCCAACAGAACCCGUCCCUACUGCCAUCAGCAAAGUGGCGUAUUUCUUUACAACGACAGCUUUGUUACAGGGAACGAGCAAUUUUGUCUGGGUGCCCCUUAUGAAUAAAUUCGGACGCCGACCAAUAUAUAUCACCAGCUACGCACUGUACUUUGCCUGCACUGUAUGGCUGAUCUUCGAGAAAGGUUAUGGGGGGUUCCUCGCAGGGCGUAUCCUCAUCGGCGUUGGCGCUGGUGCCGCUGAAACCAUUGCUCCCGUGUCAAUUGCCGAUGUCUUCUUCCUGCAUGAGCGUGGUUUCGUCAUGUCCAUGUACACCUGUUUUCUUUCGAUAGGAGUGGCCCUUGGUAUUUUCGUGGACGGUUUCAUCGUCCUUCACAAUGAUUGGCGGGUUAUUUACCAAGUUGCCGCUGGUCUUAUUGGUUUUGUUCUCGUCUUGGCCUUUUUUACGUUUCCAGAGACGGCAUAUAUCCGAUCUAUACCAUCAGUACGUGUUGCUGAGAGCACUACGUCAGAUAAGGUACAAACUUCCAACUCGGAUAUCGAGUCUACGUCGGCACCGCGGCUGCAGAGAGAAACAUAUUUGCAAAGCCUCAAAAUUUUCCACAGGGUGUGGACGGAGGAGAGUUUGUUUAAGAUGUUUGUGCGGCCUAUUGGCCUAAUUCUUUUACCACCCGUACUUUGGGCUGCUCUUGUGCAAUCUGUCACCAUUGGCUUUGUGGUCGCCGUUACAUCCAAUGUGGCAUCUGCAUAUCAAACAGCAUAUGGAUUCGAGCCCUGGCAGAUCGGUCUCUGCUUCCUCGCGGCCGUGAUAGGCUCGUUACUUGGUAUACCUGCUGGAGGCACGUUGGCUGACAUGGUCGCGGAUUGGUUCACUAAGCGCAAUGGGGGUAUAAGAGACCCUGAGAUGCGUCUUCCUGCUAUGACCCUUUGCCUUAUAACAACGCCCCUUUCAUUGGUUCUAUAUGGUGUGGGAAUUGAGAAGCAAUUGCACUGGAUCUGUCCCACUAUUGGGCUUGGUCUACUCAACUUCUCCAUCUCCCAAGGCACCAACGUCUGUCUCGUCUAUGUCAUUGAUGCAUAUCGGCCAGUCGCUGGUGAGAUUACGCUUGCAGUCAUGGGCUUCAAAUCAAUGUUUGGGUUUCUCCUUUCCUUCUACACCAAUCCUUGGGUCGAGCAGUCGGGUUAUCUGAAUGCGUAUGGCGCCAUGGCCGGAAUUGCUGCUGCCGUUUUAUUGAUGUGGAUUCCUCUCUAUAUAUGGGGUAAGGCUAUCCGUCACACUACUUGGCACUGGCCUCUGCUAUCUUACAUUCAUUGGGAUGAUGAUAGAGAAGUGGGCGAGUAA